AUUAGAAAUUAAGUGUUAACGAGCAGUUGGACAGGUGUACCUAAUAAAGUGGCCGGUGAGUGUAUAUAAAAGCAGUGUAAAUGAUAAAUGAGGACAAAAAAUAAAAUCAAAGAAAUAACAACAAGCACAUACAGGAGGGCAAUUACAAAAAAUAUAUAAACUAUUCCACCUAUGCCCCCUAAGCCUGGACGUUCCCACAAAAUGCGAGAAUGUUCUAAAGCUGACUUUCCCGUGUACUGCACUGCCUGUGAUCUGAUACAAUUGUAUCAAUAUUGCUCCUGUGCUAUAAAGGUGCUUCAGAUGACACUACCCCAAACACUCUCUCUGCUGAAGCCAUGAGUGCACGGUAUAAUGUUGAACAGACACUCGAGCUAAUUUUUUCAGAUGUCCAACAAGUUUCUGAUUCAGAAGAGGAAGUGGAAGAUGUCUCAGAAGAAGAAGAUGGAGAGGAAUACAACCCAGAGCAUCAUGAAUCAUCUUCAGAAGAAGAAGACAUCCCUGAAGCGGAAAGGGAGAUUUUCCUUUCAAAAAACAGCAAUAUAGCAUGGUCCUCGGCAGCGUAUGCCCCAGAUGGCAAGGUGGCAGAGCAAAAUAUCAUAAGGAUGACCCCAGGACCCACAAGAUAUGCUGUUUCAAAUACCCAUGACCUUGUCUCAACGUUCCACUUGUUUAUCACACCAGCAAUUGAAAAAAUUAUCCUGGAGAUGACAAAUCUGGAGGGUUUUCGCAAAUAUGGAGACAGCUGGAAACGGAUGGAUGAGACUGACUUGCAUGCCUACUUAGGGCUGCUAAUCUUAGCAGGAGUAUACAGGUCCCGCGGUGAGGCUGCAGCAAGUCUAUGGGAUGCAGAGAAUGGAAGGCCAAUUUUCCGUGCCACAAUGCCACUCAAGCUCUUCUACACCUACUCAAGAAUGCUACAAUUUGAUAACCAUGAGUUAAGACCUGCAAGACGUGUGGCUGACAAACUUGCUGCAAUAAGAGAGGUCUGGGACAAGUGGGUGGAGCGGCUUCCCUACCUCUACAACCCAGGGCCUGAUGUAACAGUGGAUGAGCAACUGGUUCCAUUCAGAGGUCGUUGUCCCUUCCGGCAGUAUAUGCCCAGCAAGCCAGCAAGAUAUGGGAUCAAGUUAUGGGUGGCUUGUGAUGCCAAAUCGAGCUACGCUUGGAAGAUGCAAGUCUACACUGGGAAGCCGACCAGUGGAGGCCCAGAGAAGAACCAGGGGAUGCGAGUUGUCCUUGAUAUGACAGAGGGACUGAGGGGUCACAAUGUCACAUGUGACAAUUUCUUUACCUCCUAUGAACUCGGACAGCAGCUCCUGAAACGGAAGAUCACCAUGGUUGGCACAGUUCGGAAGAAUAAGCCUGAGCUCCCGCCUGCACUGCUUGCAUCAAAGGAGAGAGAGGUCUUCUCAUCAAAGUUUGCCUUCACACCCACCACCACUCUAGUGUCCUACCUCCCAAAGAAAAACAAGAAUGUCGUACUUCUGAGCACACUGCACAGAGAUGCUUCCAUUAGUGACCGUGCGGACAGGAAGCCAGCCAUUAUCCUCGACUACAACAGCAACAAAGGAGGUGUGGACAACUUAGAUAAGGUGGUUGGAACAUACAGCUGCAGAAGGAUGACGGCCCGCUGGCCCCUGGUCAUUUUCCAUAACAUCAUUGAUGUUUCCUCCUACAAUGCCUUUGUGAUAUGGAGAGAGAUCAACCCUAACUGGAUGCCUCAUAAGCAGAACAAGAGGAGGGUCUUUCUGGAGCAGUUAGGAAAGGCACUUGUAACUCCACUAAUUGAAAGAAGGAAGCAUGUCCCCCGUACAGACGCCUCCGCAGCAGUUGUGAAAGGUAUUCAAACCUCCAGAUUUCCUCAUCCACCUGACGAUCCAGCUACCACAGCCACUGCCCCAGCUGGAGCAAAUAAGAGGAAGAGAUGUCAGUUCUGCCCUCCAAAGAAGGACUGUAAAACACAUACUGUGUGCUGCAGGUGUCAGAAAUAUAUCUGCAAAAGCUAUGCAUUUGCAUAUUGCCCUACAUGUGCUAAAUAGUUGACUAAGUUGUGUUGUAUGGUAAUUUUUCUCAGAUCUUUCACGAGCAUAAAAUAAAUAAAUA